ACACGGUCUGUUUUUCGGUACAUGUGAGUUUUUUUUUUUCCCGCUUUGUUGAACUUUUUCUAUUUUGGUUUUGGAGUUUCUUUGGUUAUGCUCGCUGCUCCCUUGCUCCCCAGUGGCUGUCGUGAGCCGGCGAAAAAAAGUACCGCCGCCCAACAUCACCCAAACAAGUAUCACGAGAUAGGCCUACGUGUACUUCCAGGUAUCUCCUUGGUGGUGCGUGGGCGAGCAGGUACUUGGGGGCGACUCAGCAGCCGGAAGGGAAUACCUGGGCAAGUCUCGAAACUUCUGAGCCACUGCGGCUCCACUCCGAGCUUGGCUUGCGUGCUAUUUAACAGCCAACCGAUCCGCUGCUGCCAGCUCAUCAGCUUCAUCUUCUUCUCUUUGUGUCUUCUUCCCUUGCUCCUCAAACAGUUUCCUGGAUAUAUAUCGACAGCUGCUGCUCGCUCUCCUAUAUUAUUCUUACUCCGGGUUACUGCCAUAUAUCUGCGCUGUGUUGAUCCUUACCUCUCCUUGUUCUCACAGACUACUCUCCCGCAACUCCCUACG